AUGUCCAAGCAAUUUCCUGUUCCCGACUGCACCCCAAAAUGCCAAUCCACAGUCCAUGGUGACCUAAUCACAGCAGCAAUCACCAAAAGAAGCAUUUCGGACAAGGAUUUAUCCUCUUACCUCACUCACAUUUGCCAUUGUUGCGGCUCUGUGAAAGAUUCCGAUGGUCGCACGGCUUUGCACGUGGCAGCCUCUUGCGGCCGAACAGCUUUAGUCAGUUGGCUACUAAAAAGCUGCCAUGCAAAUAUUAAUGCCAGAGAUAAAGAGUCUGGGUAUACAGCUUUGCAUAGGAGUGUGUUUUAUGGGAAAAUCGAUACUGUUGUGGAACUUAUAAAGUUGGGAGCCAGUUUAACUUUGCAAGACUCCAACGGGCUCAGUUUUUUGGAGCAUGCCAUGUUAGAUAGAUAUUUGCCUCCAAAUUGUUAUAGCUGUGCCAGAGGGGAGCUGUUUACUUGGGGUUCAAACUCUAAUAUGUCAUUAGGGUCGCAACUUUCAAGGACCAUACCUGAAACUAUGGAUAUUUUCCAUAAGGAAUAUCCUAAUGAAAAUGUAAAACAAAUAUUUAUUAAUCAGUUUCAUAGUGUUAUUUUAACAGAACUUGGUUCUGUUUAUUCUUGUGGUCACGGACAAGGUGGUCGUCUAGGCUUGGGCAUUCAACAAUUUGAAGUUACACCAAAAGUAAUUAAAUUCCCAACUUCCAGCAAAAAUAGCGAAGCCAUCAAAAUUCUAUGCUGUAGUAUUGCAAGAGAUCACAGCUUAUUUUUAGCAGCAACCGGGGAAUUGUACAGUUGUGGCCUCAAUAAGCACAAGGUUUUAGGUAUCGCACCUCCUCCAGAUGAACUAUUGGCCCCUAAACCUCUAAAGUAUCUAGCUGAUAUGCCCUCGUUUGUAGCCACAGGCAAUUAUCACUCGUUGAUUUGGAAUAAAUCGAAUUUGUUCACUUGGGGUCUCAAUGCUGGCCAGUUGGGACACCAAUUGAACAACUCGCAAGAUGAUAAAUAUAUUUUAACACCUAAAAGAGUCAAAUGUAUUAAAGAACAAGAUCAAAUAAAAUUAGUUAGUGCUAGUACAGGAGCUACAGUUGUCUAUACUGAAAAAGGUGAUGUGUAUGUUCUACAUGAGUAUCAGUGCAGAAAAAUUGCUUCGCGACAAUUAAAUUUAGUCCAAAUCACUGUGAUUGGUGGUAAAUUGAAUCAUAAACUAGAUGAGGAAUUGUCAGAUAAGACUCGCGAAUUAAAAGUUGCUGCUCUAACAAAUACAGGAAACGUUUGUUUGUGGCAAGAAAACGAUCCAGUUUUGAGACGUUGCAUUUUUUCCAUCAACAGAGCACUGAACAUUAAACAAAUGAGCUUUAACAUUAAUAAUUUGUUGUUUGUUACUAAUGAUGGAGAGGCAUUUAAAGGAGAGGCUAAGCCUAGAAAAAAAAAAGUUGUAGAUACUAAUAAGAAUGCGACAAAAAGUGAUUUCCAUAAAUUCCUAGAAAAAGACGAAUGUCUUUUGGUUAAAUUGGAGAAAAUUCCUAGAAUUCAUAGAGGCCUCAGCAUACAAAGUGAUCCUAAAGGUUUAAAUUUUGCUAUUAUUCAAGACAGGCCCUAUAAAUAUUUAUCAAAAUAUGACGUAACUGAAUCCACAAUGUUGGAAAAUAUGUUUGAUUUAUUCACAACUGCCGAAGAUUUUGGGGAUGUUGAACUUAAAGUCAACGACACGAAAUUCAUGGCUCAUAAAUUUAUUUUAGCGACCAAAAGUCACUAUUUUGCAAAUUUAUUUAAGAAAAAUCAACAGCAGUUUGAAUUCAAAGGUUUUAAUGCACAAGUAUUUGAGGAAUUUCUAAAAUAUAUCUACAUUGGCACUACUGAACUUAUUGAAAUUGGUGAACUGCAAAAUGAAUCUCUUAUUAGGCUGUGUCAGAAGCCGCAAGUUGAGGAAAAGGAAAAUGAUGUUAUUAUUGACGGAAAUAAAUCGGCUUUUGAAUAUUAUUCCUUAAAAGACAAGGUUACUGAUAAUGCGGAAAAAAAAUUAGACAAUCCUGUCAGGAUGCUUCACGAAAUGGCUAAAAGAUUCGAAGUGAUAGAGUUACAGAAAAUCUUGAGCAAUUUGGAUAUGGUUAAAACUGCUGUGAGGCUUAAGAGAGGGGGCAAACAAACAAAAAGGGGCCCAAUAAUUUUCAAUAAAAACCUAUUUCCUCAAUUAUACGAUGUAGAAAUCCAUUGUAAAAAUGACAUGGUUUUGAGGGCCCAUAAAUGUAUUUUGGUCGCCAGGUUGGAUUAUUUUUGCAGCAUGUUUUCGGCCAGAUGGAAUCGGGUUGAAGCCUCCAAAAUCACAAUGCCGUUCCCUAAAGAAGUUGUAGAAGCCCUUCUAGAGUUUUUAUACACUGAUUCUUUGGAUCGGUUAGAAGAUCGCGACGUGGACCAACUAUUCAAAAUAAUAAUUUUAGCCGAUCAAUUUUUUGUGACGCGGCUCAAAGACCAAUGCGAAAUUAUUUUGUCCAACAUGCUGACUAUAAAAAAUACUUGCCAGCUAUUGAUGUUUGCUGAUAUUUACAAUGCUGACAGCUUGAAAGAGAACUGUUUCGAAUUUAUACAGCAAAAUAUGACUCCGUUUUUGGAAAUGAGAUUAUUGGACGAACUGGACGGGCAUCUAUUGAAAGAGUUGUCUGAUUUUUAUCAGGUUAGACGACAGUUGGAUUGUAGAGUGAUUACUCCGUAUUCUACAGCUGUGACGGAUCAAGAAAUUAGCCAUAUUAGUUUUACGUAUCCAGUAGAUAUUAAAGAGAUGAAAGAGAAGCAGAAAAGUAUUGGUGGAAGCAAGAAGCGUGUAAGGGCCCACAAAACUAGUUCUUCCGAUAAACAUGUAUUGUCCCAAUCACUAGAAAGUGACAGUAAUUUGCAUAAUAUAUCGUUUUCUUCCGAUAUUCAAGAGGAAUUAAGUGUUUCUAUUGAGGAAAUCGAAAGCCCUUUAGCGAACAGAGUAAAAGCAAUUACAAUCGCCAAUAAGGCAGUCAAAUAUGAAGAAAUCGAAGAAAACUUCACCGUCUUGCGCAAAAAAUCUGAGAAUUUGAGCGGCUCAUUUGUGGACAGUUUCGAGUUUCCUUUAUUGAGCAGUCCUCCAAAAUCUUCCGGUUUUGGGGGACAACGAACAACUAAGCUUGAUUUUAAAAUGAAACCCGUAAAAUUGUCACAGAAGCAACGGAAGAGGCUGUCUUCGGAGAGCAAUCCUGUGGUUACGUCACCUGCGUUAACAGAAAGUCCCAAAAACCCAUGGAAAAUCCUCCAAGACCCCAUUUCACCAAUAAACUCGCCCCAAAACGACAACAUUGAAGCGAUCAUGUCCCGAGAGAAAAAGCAAAAGGAAAACUUGGUGAAAAUUACCAGCAAACCUUUGGCAUUUACUCAGCUUGAAGACAAAGCUAUAGAGGAGCUAAGAAAGUUUUACAGUGUUGACAUUAUUGAAGAGGAACUGAUAACAAUCGAAAGAGCCUCAAUGGGGGAUGUUGCGGUACCGGUAUGGGUACCGAAAACCAGAUAG